AUGAAAGAGAUACCAGAAACUCCAAUGGACAAGGCAAAGAAUGAAUUCGUACUAGAACAAAUAGAAGAAGCUGUCAUUGUCCAAGAAGAAGAAACUAAGGAGAACUCCGUCAGGGACGUUACAAUUAAUGCUGAGGAGGAUGGUACACAAUCCCCAAGGCAAGUCGUUUAUGAAGAAUCAGAUGGAAUAAUCCAAGAAGCAAAUUCCCUUAAUGAUGACAGCCACAAGUCUAGUUCUCUUGGUAAUGAACUUGCAUCCGCAAAAGAAUUCUCUGAGAUCGAAGAAUCUUCCCCAAGUGAAUGCGAAGAUGAUGCGGUGGUAGACUUCUCUCAACCUCCAAUCUAUGACUCAAGUGAUGAGGAAGAUAUAGGAGACUUCGACCAGGACACAGAUACAAUUGAGGACUCUUGCAAGGGUAUGGAAGAAUUCACAGAAGAGCAUAAGGGAGUAGAACUUACAGAACCACCCGAAACACCUAUCAAAAGGCCACUACCACCUAAUACAAGCUUCAACAAGAACUUCUUAGCUUUGGGCUACAGACCACCACCAUUCACUGCUACUGAUGAGACAGCCCCACCGUCCGCUGGACCCUCUUCAUCCACUGCUGCCCCUGCUGCCACCACUGCCCCUCCACCUGCCUCAGAGCCCGUAUACCGCCUAGUGCACCGCCUUUUUCGCCAACUUGAUCAGAUGGAGCGCCGUAACCAGCGCCGGUAUGAAAGAUUGGAGCGUCGCAGCCAGCGUCGCUAUACACAUCUGAAGCUGAUGAUCCGACAGGGCGCUGACAUCCCCUUCGAGCCCGAAACACCAUCCGAGCCAUCAGAGGAGGAGGAGGAUGAGCACGAGGAGGAGACUCAUUCCCAGGCAGAGACCCAUCAGCAGGCAGGCGCAGAGCAGGCUGCCCCACACCAGGAGGUCCCACAUCGGAUUGAGGCUGCAGAUCCGCAGAUUCCGAUCCAGUCAGCACCUCCUCUACAGCAGCCAGACCCUCAGCCCACCUCCACCACAGCACCUCCAGCUACUACCCCUACCAGUGAUGACACCCCUUCACACCCGGCCUGA